AUGGGUAAAAAAGCAGCCACUAAUGAAGUGAUCGAUGGACUCGUUAAUGCACUUCGGGAUACCGAUGCUGGUAUCAGACGAUGUGCCUGUGAAGCGCUCUGUAUAAUAGGUGCAAAAACCGCUACCAAUGAAGUGAUCAAUGGACUCAUCAUUGCACUUCGAAAUACCGAUGUUGAUGUCAGACGGUGUGCCUGUCAAGCGCUCGGAGAAAUGGAUGUAAAAGCAGCCGCCAAUGAACUGAUCAAUGAACUCGUCAAUGCACUUCGGGAUGUCAAUGUUGGUGUCAGAUGGCACGCUUGUCAAGCGCUCGAAAAAAUCGGUGAAAAAGCAACCACCAAUGAAGUGAUCAAUGGACUUGUCAAUGCACUUCGGGAUGUCGAUGCUGAUGUCAGAUGGUAUGCCUGUAAAGCACUCGGAGAAAUGGGUGAAAAAGCAGCCACCAAUGAAGUGAUCAAUGAAGUAAUCAAUGGACUCGUCAAUGCACUUCGGGAUGCCGAUGCUGGUGUCAGACAGCAUGCCUGUCAAGCGCUCGAAAAAAUGGGUGAAAAAGCAGCCACCAAUGAACUGAUCAAUGGACUCGUCAAUGCGCUUCGGGAUGUCAAUGUUGGUGUCAGAUGGCAUGCCUGUCAAGCUCUCGAAAAAAUGGGUGAAAAAGCAGCCAUCAAUGAAGUGAUCAAUGGACUCGUCAAUGCAUUUCGGGAUACCGAUGCUUAUGUCCGACGAUAUGCCUGUGAAGCGCUCGAAAAAAUGGGUGAAAAAGGAGCCACCAAUGAAGUGACCAAUGGGCUCGUCAAUGCACUUCGGGAUGUCGAUGCUGGUGUCAGAUGGCGUGCCUGUGAAGCGCUCGGGAAAAUGGGUGCAAAAAUAGCCACUAAUGAAGUGAUCAAUGGACUCGUCAAUGUACUUCGGGAUACCGCCGCGGUUGUCAGACAAUGUGCCUGUGGAGCGCUCUGGGAAAUGGGUGAAAAAGCAGCCACCAAUGAAGUGAUCAAUGAACUCGUCAAUGCACUUCUGGAUGUCAAUCCUGGUGUCAGAUGGCGUGCCUGUCAAGCGCUCAGAAAAAUGGGUGAAAAAGCAGCCACCAAUGAAGUGAUCAAUGGACUCGUCAAUGCACUUCGGGAUGUCGAUGCUGGUGUCAGAUGGUGUGCCUGUGAAGCGCUCGAAAAAAUGGGCGAAAAAGCAGCUAACAAUGAAGUAAUCAAUGGACUCGCCAAUGGACUUCGGGAUGUCGAUGCUGGUGUCAGACGACGUGCCUGUAAAGCGCUAGAAAAAUUGGGCGAAAAAGCAGCUAACAAUGAACUGAUCAAUGGACUCGUCAAUGCACUUGGGAGUGCUGCUGCUAGUGUCAGAUGGCAUGCCUGUAAAGCGCUCGGAGAAAUGGGUGAAAAAGGAGCCACCAAUGAAGUGAUCAAUGGACUCGUCAAUGUACUUCGGGAUGUCGAUACUGAUGUCAGAUGGUGUACCUGUGUAGCGCUGGGAGAAAUGGGUGAAAAAGCAGCCACCAAUGAAGUGAUCAAUGGACUCGUCAAUGCACUUCGGGAUGUCGAUGCUGGUGUCAGAUGUCAUGCUCAGGAAGCGCUCGAAAAAAUGGGUGAAAAAGCAGCCACCAAUGAAGUGAUCAAUGGGCUCGUCAAUGCACUUCGGGAUGUCAAUGCAGGUGUCAGAUGGCGUGCCUGUCAAGUGCUCAAAAAAGUAGGUGAAAGGGCAGCCACCAAUGAAGUUAUCAAUGGACUGUUCAAUGCACUUUGGGAUGGCGAUGCUGAUGUCCGACGAUGUGCCUAUGAAGCGCUUGGAAUAAUGGUUGACAAGGUAUUUUCAUAG